CGGUCCAGUGGGUACGCUGCCGGGCCGAGCCCCGGUUCGGGUCGAACCGUGCGCGCUCCUUAAAGCGCGGGACAAAGGGCGCCGGGACCGCGGACGGCCGCGGGAGCACGCGCCCCAUUCGGACCAAAUAUGGGCUUCCGAGCCGCCAUAUUUGGGAAUCUACGUCACGCAGGAGUCUUUAUAAAGGCGGGAAUCCUCCGCGAGGACCUGACAGCACCGAUUUCAGGCUGUGCGCUCGCGACAGCCGGAAACAAACAGCUGAUGUUGUUUACGUCCUCUGAUGACGCAGCGGCCUCACCUGCGCCGGUGACCCUCCGGUAGAGUCUCACCUCCCGCGUUGGCGUCCCGCGAGCGGCAGCUUCCGCCCGGACAGAGCGCCUCUCCGCGGGGCUCAGCAGCGAAGGAGCUCCGGGAGCCGCGGAGCUCUCCCCGCAGGGACAUGGCGGCCACCAGGGCUCUGCUGCCGGAGCCGCUACCCGGUCUGCUGCCGCCGCUGUCCCCAUUGGACGGAUACCCGAAGCUGGAGGAGCUGCAGAUGCUGCUGCUGGCCGCCUCCGGGCCCGAGGGAGCCGGGCAGCUGAGCGGAGAGCCCGGAGAGUACGGAGAUUCCCUCUCAGACCUCCCGGACCUGCAGAGCCUCCUCCCGCUGACGCCCCGCCUCCCCUCACUGGCGUACAGCGGCCGCUUCUCCUUUGAGCCGUCUGUGUCAACCUGUGGCAACAAUCUGUGGGCGGAGUCUCUCCUAAGCCUGUUGGUCGGUGUGGCGGCUCCGCCCCCUGCCUCCAGCCUUCCUGUCUCUUCACCGUCAGUGACAUCAUCAUCGCCAUCCCAGCCGACCAUCAGUUCCGUCCAGGUGACCUGCAGCUCCGCUGAAAUCACCUCGGUCUUCUCGGCGAUACCGACCUACACCUCAGCCGGCGCCGAGCCGCUCCUCCCCGCCACAGACUCUCAGCCAGCCCCUCUGGCCUUCUCGCCACAGCAGGGUCCGCCUCCCGCCUACCCCGCCGUUGCUGCGUCCCGCCUCGGCCUGCAGCCAUCCUCGCUGGUCCCGAUGUUGCCGGACUACCUUCUGCCGCAGCAGUCGGACGCCGAGCUGGGCGUGAACGUGGAUCAGAAGCCGCCACCACUCACGCCGCUCUCCACCAUCAAAGCCUUCUCCUCGCAGAUCCAGACACAGCCUCCUGGCCCCGCCCACAACACGCAGCUCACCAAGUCCGGCAGGCCCAGGAAGUCCGCCGCUGGCCGCCAGUGCAAGACGCCGCCUCACGAGCGGCCGUACGCCUGCCCCGCCGAAGGCUGCGACCGCCGCUUCUCCCGCUCCGACGAGGUGACGCGCCACGUGCGUGUGCACACGGGUCAGAAGCCGUUCCAGUGCCGCAUCUGCAUGCGCAGCUUCAGCCGCAGCGACCACCUGACCACGCACAUCCGCACACACACCGGCGAGAAGCCGUUCGCCUGCGCUGAGUGCGGACGCAAGUUCGCCCGCAGUGAUGAGCGCAAGAGGCACGCCAAGAUCCACCAGAGGCAACGCGAGCGCAAAAACAACGGCAGCUCUGCCUCCUCCACCGCCGCCGCUAGCACCACACCCCCACGUACUCCUCCCCCACACACAGCUCCUCCCCCUGCUUCACCACCUCCUCCUCCUCGCUGUCACACAUCUGCAACUCCUCGCCAUGCCCCCACCUCUACUCCCCCUCCUGCUGCUCCCCGAUGGCGAGCCCACUGGCGGAGCUGCCCUCCCCCAACAGCUCCAACAUGUGUUGACCUUUGACCUCAGAUUGACAGCAUCGGACUGCAGAGAGGUUUAGUGUGCGGGGUCAAAGGUCGCCUCGUGAUGUAAAUAUGAAUCCCGUAGUUUGUACAUAUUGUUGACACGUAUGUUGAUGAACACGCGUUCACGUGCUCCGCCUACUGAGUAGGCCUGUAUGUUUACAUUUUCUACUCCACCUGUUUCCUCUCAAAGAGCUUCAACAAUAAAAGUCUGAACCCUG